ACGUCAACGCGCAGUUCUCGAGCCCGCGUCUAAUGGAAGCGAUCGUUGCUGACGCCGUUUUGCGUUUCAUGUGCGGAUGCUUUUGCGUCGUACGAAUUCACGUGGUUGGUACGUAAGACCGGACAUCGGCCAACAGCGAUCAGCCGUGGGAGACCACGUGGGGGCUGUGUUUGACAUGUCGAGGUCGGUGACACGUGCAGCAGCAGCCCGCCGAACGUCAUCGUUACGCAUCGCCAGCACCGCGUAACGAGUAAACACAAAGAUGCGCGGGACGAUCCGCAGCUUCCUCGUGGCCGCGAUCGUCCUGUGUCUGCCGACCGGAUACGCCGCUUCGUAUUGUUAUCCAGAUUACUGCCAGAACCUGACUGAUCUGGAACCAAUAUCGGGUUUCCAAUGUCUGCUAACGCGAGUACAAAGGGGGGAAGAUUGCACAAGGCUAAAGUUUGACGCUGAUGAAAAAUCAUCUGAGCAGUAUAACGGCGGAAUUUUUACAUUGCACGCGUAUGCGAUGAACUUUGACGCCCAGAGAAAAGUGACUGCGUUCAAUUUGUCGGUCUCAGACGUCAAUUUUCACAGAUUAGUCACGCGUUAUCAAAAUAUCGGUAACAAGAACGAGAACGCGUGUCGGCACGUACAGCUCUACAGGAACGCCAGUCAGCCGCCGCUGAAGGACUUCUACGUGUCGUGCCCGUUCUCCGACGCGGCCUUUGAAGGGUCUGCAUACCGUUUGGAAUAUCUCGUGAACGACGAGGAUCAUACGUACAGCAGGAAAUACGUGUUUUACGUGCCGCAGCAUGGACUUAUCGAGGAAGGUAUCCAAGUUGACGCGUUCACGCCCUUUAUAUACGUGGACGUGUCGGACUCGUCGAAUCUGGUGGUACACGUGCAACCACUUCCGCCGAGAUACAACGUGACGCAGUACAAGGUCUGGCUGGUCAGCAAUGAUACAGGAUCAGCGGUGGUCAGCACGAUCAUUUCCGCCAACAGGAACGGAGAGCAUGUCCGCUUCAAUUUCUCGGCGCCCGAUGGAGUGUACUACGUCAAGGUUGCGGCGUUGCACCCCGAGUGUGGCGAAGGCGGCUGUGCGAAUAGCACAUCGCCAUACAUACACAUAAGACAAGUAUCCCACCGACUGCUGAUUAUGAUCAUCAGUUUGAUAUGGAUACCACCUGUUCUGUUGUACGCGCUGUACCACCUGUUUAAACUUUAUAGAAAGAGAGUUUUAAAGAGAAUGGCAAGGAGGCCGAAUUGCUUGCUGGUGUAUUCACCAACUCACCCAGCACAUGUGAAUGUAAUGGCGGAAUUGACGAAGUAUCUGCGAUGCUGCAGCGUUAACGCCAUGAUAGACAUGUUCGACAUCACGGAAACCGCCAGCAAAGACCCGGGGCUCUGGUGCAACACCGCGUUUCAAGCGGCGGAUAUCGUGCUCGUUGCGACGUCCCCGACGACUUCCGUGAAAUCCGACGCGAUCGUCUAUCGAAACGUGGACAAUCAUCUCUUACGACUGCUGAAGGAGAACUACCCGCAGAGAAACAAGCGAUACUACGCGGUACAUUUGCCGUACUGCAAACCCGACCAUAUACCGGAGGAGGCGCGGGUCUUCAAGAAGUUCCGCAUGCCUGAGGACCUGAUGAAGCUUGUGAGAACAAUCCACGGUAUUAGCUGUAUGCAAUUCCUUACGGCCUCGGACAGGGAGCUGCUGGAGAGCAUCAGAUAUGCCACAACGAAGAUAUACGAGGAUGGAGCCGGCGGUGCAACGAGAAACACCGAGGAAACUGAUGACUUGUUGCCACCCGCAAUUGUUGUGCAAGAAACUACGGAUCACGUUGUCGAUGGACCCGUCGAGACUCGUAGGCCCGAUACGCCGGACGGCGACGUCAUACCCCGGUCUUUCACGACGAACAUCGACGAGCUGAAUUUGCUCGGCGAGAACCGCGAGGGAGAGGCUUUUGCUUCCAAUCCCACGAGGAAUGAUGGCGAAUUUCGCAUCGAUAAUUUAAACUUGUGAUUUCUUACUUUUUGUUUAUAUGCGUAAGAAUAGUUUGUAAAGAAUUCUGUCAUGUGAUUUUACAUCUGACGAUAGUUGAUUUGAAUAAAGAAUAAUUUUUACAUAAA